AUGCGAUCCACACGCCUCGCCUCGCUGCUGGCAUCAGCGUGCCUGCUCGGCGCGCUCUCGGCCCACGCCAUCUGGCCGCACCCUUCCAAACUCGAUGCUGGCAAGGACGACGCGUUUGUGCGUCUCUCGGGUGAUCUGCGCUUCGAGCUCGCCGAGGGCACCGACCAGUCGCGCGUGCCUGCCGACCUCACGGACGCCAUCGAAGCCGCCGCCAAGCAGGCCCACAGCCUCGACGUCUGGCCGCUCGUCUCCGACCGCGGCGAGAGCUACCGCGCCGGUGUGGAACAGGCCAAGCUCGUGGCGAGCGUACGCAUCUCGGUGCUGGAGCUCAUGACCGCCACGACGCCCAACCCUUGUGUGCCCAACAAGCCCAUGGAUGUUGCGGUCGGAACCGUUGUGCAGCCUCGCUCGGUGCAGCAGCCUUUCGGCGGCCGCAAGAAUGCCGUGCAGCCAGUCGAUCUUACCGCUGAGCCCAAGCAGACCGCGCCGGACAACUGGUUCAACCCGUGCAGCAUCGCGAGCCACGCCAUCCGCGAACUCAACUACAACAUCUCCUCCGCCAAGCUCAACCUCGAGACGGACAAGACUGCCCCCGCCGAUCUGGGCUACCUCGAUGCCGAGGCGUACCGUCUCUCGGUGCCGGCCGACGGCGGCUCGAUCCAGCUCACGUCGUACACGGCGCUGGGCGCGCUGCGUGGUCUGCAGACGCUGCAGCAGCUCAUCUACACGCUGCCUCCCAAGGGCGACGAUGCGGCGGCUGCGCACAAGUUCAUCCGCAACGUGCCCAUCGUCGUCGAAGACAGGCCCGCCUAUCCGUACCGCGGCCUGCUGCUCGACACGGCGCGCAACUGGUUCGACCUCGCCACGAUCCGCAAGCUCAUCGACACCAUGGGCUUCGUCAAGCUCAACCAGCUCCACUGGCACGCCACCGACACGCAGUCCUUCCCGCUUGCGCUCGAUGACGAUGCAGACGCACAGGGGGGCAACGGUAUGCAGCUCAGCCUGCUCGCCGAGCGCGGCUCGUACGGAUGGACCAAGGUGGAUGGCAAGAAUACGCGCAUGGUGUAUACCGAGACCGAUGUGCGCGGCAUCGUCGAGUACGCUGCACACCGCGGUGUCAAUGUGAUCAUCGAGACCGACAUGCCUGCACACAUGCUGUCCGGCGUCGACGCGAUCGAUGGUGGAUCGCUCAUGGCGUGUCCCAACGAACAGGCAUGGGAAAACGUGGCGGCCGAACCACCUUCGGGCCAGCUGAGGCUGUUCACCAACACCAAGGCCUCCCCCGCGCCCGAUGCGGCCACCUACAAGGUGCCCGACAACAUCAACCGCUUCGUCUCGAGCCUGCUGCGCAAGAUCGCCACGCUCUCCAAGUCGGCGUACGUCUCGAGUGGUGGUGACGAGCCCAACUACAAGUGCUGGAACCUCACCACCGAGGCGGAGAUGGAGCCGUACAUUGCGCCGUUUAUGCAGCUCGUCACCAACCUCACCGAGGCCAGUGGCAAGCGCGGGAUGGUGUGGGAGGAGAUGGCGGUCAAGUUCCCCAAGGUCGCCAAGACGCUCGCGCCCAAUUCGCUCGUCGAGAUCUGGAACGAUGCCAACAACUCGCGCGUUGCCCUCACCAACAACCCGGACGUCAACAUCGUCCUGGCGCCCUACAGCUACUUUUACCUCGACUGUGGUAGUGCGAGCUUCCUGGGCAACUACACCAGCAACACUUGGUGCCCCUAUGUCUCGUGGCAGCAGACCUACUCUUUCGAUCCUUCGGUUACGAUUGCCAAUGCAACCAAGGCGGGUCAGGACGCAAAGAGCGUGCGCAACAAGUUUGUCGGUGGCGAACAUGCGGUUUGGACCGAGACCAUCGAUCCCACCAACCUCGAGGGAAAGGUCUGGCCACGUGCUGCUGCGGGCGCAGAGGUCUGGUGGACCGGAGAGGAGGUGGCGGGUAAGAAGAGGGACAAGGUAGAGGCGCUGCCUAGGAUGAUGGAUCUCAGGUACAGACUCGUCCAGAUGGGCGUCGCCGCCGAACCCCUCCAGCCUCUCUGGUGCGCCACCAGACCCGGUCAGUGCAACUGGCACGGCUAG